AUGUUUAUUAUAAAAAGUAAUAUACAAAGUGAUAAUACAUUGGAUAAUAGCGCAAAGAAAGAACAUAACAAAAUAAACAAAUUUUUAAUUUCUUUAAUUGUCAUAAUAAAUGUUUUAAGUCUACUAUUUACAAUAAUAUUGGCUAUAAAUUUUUAUUAUUGUUCCUUUAAUGUGACAUCAUUUUUAUUCCUUACAACACAAACAUGCCUAUGGACGUAUUUAGCAAUAUUAAAUGUAUAUGACCAAAAGUAUAUUUUUUCACUCUCAUCAUUUUUAGGAAUUCAUUUAUACACGCAAUGCUACCAAAAUUAUGAUAAGUUAUUCCUAUCGGAUGAACUUCAAGAAUAUCAUUUUAUGUCAGUAGCUUUGUCACAUUUACCUUUUCUUUAUAUUUGCUAUGACAUUGUGAUAUUUCAAUAUGAUAGUGUUUUCAUUAAAAGUACUUUAGAUUAUACUUAUAAUGAGAAAUCACUAAUAGUAUUGAAUUUUUUGAGAGGUUUAUUUUGCUCUUUUUGCAUUGCCGUCAUAUUUAUUAUUUCCCUUAUUUUGAAUAUUCAAAAUACAUUUAGAACAUUUCCUAUGUUAAAAUUGUCAAAUAUUAAAACGAAGAAAUAUCUACUAUCUGUUUUUUUGUUUUAUCUAAUUGAUUCACAAUUAAGGAUUAUAACUUUCCUUUUUAUAAUCGAGACAUAUGAAGUUAAUCCCUUUAAGAUAUUUGUUUUUAUAUUUUCACAGAUUAUGACCAUAUGUGUGUGUAUAGCCUUUGAUACUCACAUUUUUAAAAAUAUAAUUGUUGGAAUAUCAUCUAUUUUGGUUUCCCCCUUAUCAAUAAUAUUACAUUCCACAAAUAGAAAUUAUAGUAACGAAAGAGUUGUACGUCUGAGUAAACUGCUGAUAAAUUUUCGAUUUUUUGAAUUUUUUUUGAUACUUUUUUAUGGAUCCUUAUAUUAUGAUGAUGAUGAAAUAGGAAAUACCUUCAUAUUAUACAUACAGCUCAUCAGUUUGAUAUUAUUAUUCUUUUUAAUAAUAGUAUACAAAAAAGUGUUAUCAUAUAAAAGAAAAUUUGAAGAGAAUAUGGAUGACUUUAACGUAGACAUGUAUAAUAAUAUCAAUGAUAAUUAA